AUGUCUUCGACGGAGCCGUCUGCGAAUACUCUCAAACCCCCUUACUCAAAAAGAGACAUAGAUUCCACGUAUAAUUUGGGAGCGGAAAAUUUCUCGAAAGAAGCUAGCCCGGUUCGAAGAAGCUCUCUUAAGGCGGGAGCUCCAUCAAAGGUUGACAGCGGCCAACAAAGAUCCCAGACUCUGGGAGAUUUGGACCAUGGAGACCAGAUUCCGUGCCGAGUAGAGCAAGGUGUUGCGGGAAUGGAAGGAUUUGAUAAGACUAUGGAGCUUGAGCGUAGGGCCGAGUCAACGUCUAAGUCUCCAGAGCCAGCACUCUCUCGGGCAGAUAAAGCUGGCAGUCAAGACGCAGAAGGGGAUGAUUUUCCCAAGGGACCUAGCUACGAAGGGAUGAAAGAUGACCUCUACUUGGACCCUACCCCAAAAACGCCCCGUCUGGAAACUUCCCCGUCGAGGAAUCCAGCCAUUGCCGCGGAAACCCAAGACGAUGGCUCCACAUCCGAGAUACAAAGCAUCAUGGAUCAGUUUGAUGAGGCCAACGACAACACCGCAGGUGACGGGACUGGUCAGCCAAUCCUAGGAACCGAGAAGUCUCAUUUGGGGAGUCUGAUGGAGCAUCCUCCAAGACGGUCUAGUCUUGAGCCAUUGAGACCUAGUGGCCAGCAAUUGGCCGGGGAUCACGCGUCAGACCUUGAAGCUCGAGGUCAAAAGGUUCCUAGUUUCGAGGAUGGAAUCAGAGCACCUCCAAUGCGAACUUCUAGUCUGCCACAAUCUGCUUGGUUGCAAGACACGAACACCCCAUCUUCUCCAAAUUCUUCCAUGUCACUACCCAAAUUGCCGCCACCAGAGCCGGACCCUGAACCUGAUCUCCCAUUCGACUUCCAUCGGUUUCUAGAGCAGCUCCGCCAUCGAACAGCGGACCCUGUAGCCAAAUUCCUCAGAUCAUUUCUCAUUGAAUUCGGCAAAAAGCAAUGGAUGGUCCAUGAACAAGACAAAAUAAUAAACGACUUUUUGACUUUCAUAACAAACAAAAUGGCUCAGUGCGAAGUUUGGCGAGGUGUCUCAGACGCAGAGUUUGAUAAUGCAAAAGAAGGUAUGGAGAAAUUGGUUAUGAACAGGCUCUAUUCGCAGACUUUUUCCCCUGCGAUUCCUGCACCAGCUCCUGCUCUGAUAGCCAAAGGCAAGAGGAAGGCUGUAGAGAGAGCAAUCGGUCCGGGCAGGAAAGGUCAGCAUCAAGAAGAUAUUGAGCGAGACGAGAUUUUAGCCCAAAAGGUGCGGAUUUACGGGUGGGUCCAAGAAAAGCACCUGGACAUCCCGCCUAUUGGCGAUAAUGGCAGACGAUUUUUGAUGUUGGCUCAGCAGGAGCUUUUGAAGAUCAAAACGUACAGAGCUCCGCGUGAUAAAAUUAUAUGUGUAUUGAAUUGCUGCAAAGUCAUCUUUGGUCUGUUGCGCAACUCGAAAGCCUCCGAUACUUCAGCCGAUUCAUUCGUGCCUCUUUUGAUCUAUGUUGUUCUCCACGCUAACCCUGACCAUCUCGUUUCCAAUGUACAGUACAUACUCCGUUUCAGGAACCAAGAUAAACUCGGUGGAGAAGCAGGCUACUAUCUUUCCUCGCUGAUGGGAGCGAUUCAAUUCAUUGAAAACCUUGAUCGAACUUCUCUGACGAUAUCUGAUGAGGAUUUCGAGAACAAUGUUGAAGCAGCAGUCUCUGUCAUCGCCGAAAGACACGAAGAAGUAGAGAUCCCACCAUCACCGCCGCCACGUCAUCCCACUCACCCGCAAAUAUCAGAAAAGUCUGGACUGAGUCAGCCAGAGGUCGUUCCUCGGAACUCCAUAGAAGCCGAAUACAGUACACCGAGGAGACCCACGUCCUCUCGAGACUAUUCGAGGUCCCUUACUGGCAAUGACGGGUCAGAUGAUCACACUGCCGUAAGUGGCUUGCUACGAACCAUACAGAGGCCCUUGUCAAGCUUGGGUAGGAUGUUCUCCGAUGAUGUUUCCAACCCGCAACAACCAGGGACUCGAGCCCAACCAGGACCUGCCUUUCAGCCAAAUCCAACCCAGAGAUUGUCACCAGCAGUGUUUCAACCGCCCCGAAACAGCAACGACAUGAUCAGACCCAGCGAAGAGCCCAGAGCGGUCGAGAAAUCCGGUCGGAGCCGUGAGAGAAAGCUCAGUGCAGAAGAUGCGGCUGCACGUCAAGCGAGCGCUGAAUCAGCGGAAGCUCAGCGAAUACAGCGAGCUGAGCACCAGGAUGUAGUGGAAACCCUUGCAGGGAUGUUUCCAGAUUUGGAUAAAGAUAUCAUUAAUGACGUUGUAAGAGUGAAGCAGGGCAGAGUCGGGUUGGCAGUCGAUGCUUGCCUUGCAUUAAACCAAUGA